AUUAAUGAACAGUAAGGAUGUAGUUGGACGACUUGAGAAAAAUUAAACUUUUCAAAUCAUUGUUUAUGAGAACUUUUAUAUAAGUUUACAAUUUAUCAUCACUACUGAUAAAAUACCGAUGUCCGGUGCACUGCAUUCAUGCUCUCUCAAAUCUCAAGUACCUUUGAGUUGAGCCACAUGAUAUGCUCAGACCAUACGCGCACGCCCAUACACGCACUACGAUGCUAAUAACAACUAAUUAAUCUCUAAUGUUGUUGUUGUUGAACCAUGUGCUGCUGCAUGCUCUGAUUAUGGGCUAUUUACUCAAGCAAGAAAUAUAUUGGAAAAAUUGAUGAAGCUGGAUUUGAGUUAGUUCGUGUUUUUAGUGUUUUUGGUGAGGGGAAUUUCUGGUUGUCGAAAAAUUGGUGCUUGCAAAGAUUAUUGAGUUACCAGAAUCCGUUAACAAAGCAAAGUACCUGAGCUCUUGGCAUCACAAAAGAUCGCUGCAUAAUAAAGCUGGAGGUUUUAUGUUGAAAGAUUUAUGAUUUGUGAGCUUCAUAAUUAAGUUGUUGAAAGGAAGGUGUUUGUUUUCUUGUGAAUUUUGGAUGAAGUUAGAGUUAAGACGAAUGGAGAAAGUCCUACUGGCUAUUCGUGAUUAUUUUGCAAAAAUAGUGUAGCUUUGUCGAUUGGAUUCUCUGAUAUUCAGCUGUGAAAGGUGUAAUUGGCUAAGCAAUUAUCUUUGUAACAUGGGUUGUAUUUUGUCAAGUUUUGAUGAGGAUGAGAACGUUGGCAUCUGCAAAGAGAGGAAGAAACUAAUAAAGCAGCUAGUGAGUAUUAGAGGGGAGUUUUCUGAUUCCCUUUUAGCAUAUUUGAAAGCAUUGAGGAACACUGGUGGCACCCUCCGGCAGUUCACGGAAUCUGAGAUUUUAGAAUUUGAUAGUACCUAUAAUGGUGUUGCAGGGCCGCCUUCUCCUCGCACUCAUCUCCCUACUUCCCCGGUGCGACCACCGCCACCACUGCCUCCGCUUGUCGCUGACGAAGUUACACCACAGGUUGCCCAAGAGGUGACCUCUGAGGAUGUUUGCAACAAUGUUCCUCCAAUGCAAAAUGAUGCAGGUAUGGGGUCCUGGAUAUUUUCGACCGAAGUUCAAAACUGUGAAAUAGUGGAAUCAGCAGAGGACGAGAACUGGGAAGAAACCAAAACAGAAUUUGAGGAUGAAGACCAGGAACCAGAAGUUGUUCUGAGUGGUGUAAGAUCACGUAGUGGAAAGCAGCCAGUUGAUGAUAAUACCUCCACCAGAAGCUUGUUUGGAAAGGAGGGUACAGAUAUGCCUGUCGUUGAGGUCAAGAGAACUAGAAGGGAGAAAACAUUGGAGGCAAUAGGUACAGAGUUAGAUGAGUUUUUCCUGAAAGCAUCAGCUUGUGUAAAGGAAAUUGCUAUUCUUAUUGAUGUCAGUGGAGGAGAUACUCUUCUGCGGUCUAAUUCUGGGCAUCUAGAUGGGAAGAGUGGCAAUUCUGCAAAGGUCUUCAGUAUAUUGUCACGGAGUAGGCAUCGAGCCAGAGAUGCUGCCGAGUCUUUUGGUCCUAGCGAACCAUGCAAGCCUGGGGCUCAUUGUGCCACCCUUAAAAAGUUACAUGCUGCAGAGAAGAAACUUUUCAAGGCAGUAAAGGAAGAAGUAAUCGUCAAACUGGAGUUCGAGAGGAAGUCUUUAUUAUUGCAAAAGCAAGAGAAUGAGAACAUUGAUUGGAUGAAGACUGACAAAACUAGAUCAAAUGUUGAGAACCUGAACUCUCAUUUAUUGGAUCUGCGACAAUUGAUCACCGAAACAACUUCAUCAAUUUUGUACCUUAUAGAUGAGGAGCUGUUACCCCAGCUGGUUGCAUUAACUGCAGGGUUGAUAAAAAUGUGGAGGACAAUGAAUAAGUGUCAUCAGGCCCAAACACUCAUUUGCCAGCAGCUGAGUAACCUCAGCGAUAAUCAAAACGUAUUACAAAACACCGAAGAUCAUCACCGGGCUACCAUUCAGUUUCAGACAGAAGCCUCUUACUGGUACUCUAGCUUUUGCAAGCUUGUGAAAUCUCAACGCGAGUACGUAAGGACCCUCUGUAGGUGGAUUCAGCUUACCAAAUGCCUCUGGGAUGGCCAUGAAUCUAGCGAUAAUUCCUCAUUGAUUCAUUCCAUUUGUCAACAGUGGGAACUUGGCCUUGACAGACUACCUGACAAGGAUGCCUCUGAUGCAAUAAAGGGCCUAUUGUCAUCUAUCCGUUCCAUAAUUGACCAGCAGGCGCAGGAAGAUAACAUUCUGAAGCGGUUGAACAAACUCAAAAUGCGGUGGCGAAGAUGCUCGGAGUCCCUGAGCGAGAUGGAGGAAAAAUUCAAGUACACCUUUGAAAAUGAAGAUAUACCUGUUAAUAUGAGCCCCAUGCACCCGUUAUCGCUUAAAAGAAACAAAACAGAAGCCCUGAAGAAGGAAGUAGAUCGUAUGACAGCAACUUACAUGGGUGCUGUCCAGUGUAGUAGGACCAUGACUCUAAAUCACCUCAAAACUAGACUUCCCCAACUUUUCCAGUCACUGAUGGAAUUUUCGAAUGCUUCGGCCGAGGCUAUUGAGGGUAUCCAGAACCCUGUCGAACAAGUAGAAUCCACUGAUACUACUGCAUCACAGAACUAAUGAGUAAUUUCUUUUGAUGUGGUGCUUUGAGAAGAGUUAGUCUAUGCUUCAGAUUGAUUAUGAGCUGAAAAUAUACUUUGGUGAUGUAUAUAGUGUUGUCAUUCUUGAGGAUAUGUAGACUGAAAGAAAAUUGAAAAGGAGAAAUGUAUGUAUACUGAAAUCAAAUGUGAUAAAAUCAAAUGAGAAGAGGAGGUUUAAUUUCUCUAAGGAA